GCCGCCAUUACCUUCGUCCUUUGUUUUUCGCRUACGCCGCCGUCGCCUCCGCCGUCGCUCGCCUAUGCCGCGGCGACGCUCUCCAUUUGGGGUUUGGGGUUUCGUCGUUCUGUGUCGCACAGCAAAAGCCUAAAAGGCAUUUGGGGUUUCGCCAUUCUGUGGCGUUGGAAUGAAACCAAAUCUCUUAAUGUGAGUUUGUGAAGAGCAUCCGAUGGAAUGAUAUCGUCAUUUAAACGUGCCAGAAGUUUUUCAUGAAUCUUGUGAGGCAAAGCUCGUUGUUCUCCUCUCUUUUGUCUACAUCAACACCUUCGAUUCCGUGGAUUUCUAUUUUUUCGAUAAUUCCCGGGAGAUCGGAUGAUCAUACCAGACUCUUUACCACCACCUCCAUAGAAGCUCAGAAAAAAUCCAAAUCCAGCUACAUUUCUCACGAGACUGCCAUCAGGUUGAUCAAACAUGAAAGGGAUCCUCAGCAUGCCCUCGAAAUUUUCAACAUGGCAUCGGAGCAAAAAGGUUUCAAUCACAAUAACGCGACUUAUGCGACUAUUCUUCAAAAGCUUGCACAGUCCAAGAAGUUCCAGGCUGUUGAUGCAGUUUUGCAUCAAAUGACAUAUGACACCUGCAAACUACACGAGGGUAUAUUCCUUAAUCUCAUGAAGCAUUUUUCAAAGUGUUCUUUACAUGAAAGAGUGCUUGACAUGUUUUACGCAAUCGAAUCAAUUGUUCGUGAGAAACCUUCUCUUAAAGCCAUCAGCACGUGUCUCAAUCUUCUAGUUGAAUCCGAUCGGGUUGAUCUGGCCAGGAAGUUGCUCGUUCAUGCCAGGAGUAAACUCAACUUUAAACCAAAUACAUGCAUUUUCAACAUCUUAGUUAAACACCAUUGCAGAAAUGGAGAUCUUCAAGCUGCUUUUGAAGUUGUGAAGGAAAUGAAAAGUGCUACUAAAGUCUCUUAUCCUAAUCUAAUCACCUACUCAACUCUGAUCGGCGGCCUCUGCAAAAAUGGAAAACUUAAAGAAGCCAUUGAACUUUUUGAGGAGAUGGUUUCAAAGGACAAGAUUUUGCCUGAUGCCUUAACUUACAAUAUUCUGAUCAAUGGUUUUUGUCAAGGAGGGAAAGUUGACCGUGCAAGGACAAUAAUAGAGUUCAUGAAAAGCAAUGGAUGCAGUCCUAAUUUAUUCAAUUACUCAGUCUUAAUGAACGGCUUCUGUAAGGAGGGAAGACUGCAAGAGGCCAAGGAAGUUUUCGACGAAAUGAAGCGGCUCGGGAUGAGGCCCGACACAGUCAGCUACACUACUCUAAUCAACUGCCUCUGUAGAACCGGAAGGGUUGACGAGGCAACAGAGUUACUCCAGCAGAUGAAGGAAAAAGAUUGCCGAGCCGAUACCGUAACAUUGAACGUGAUGCUCGGAGGGCUAUGCCGAGAAGGUAGGCUCGAGGAGGCUCUCGAUAUGGUGCAGAAACUCCCUUAUGAGGGGUUCUAUCUGAACAAAGCUAGCUACAGGAUUGUGUUGAAUUUCCUGACUGAAAAAGGAGAAUUGAAGAGGGCCAGUGAGUUGUUGGGUCUGAUGUUGAAUAGGGGGUUUGUUCCUCACUAUGCAACUUCAAAUAAUUUGCUGGUUCUUCUUURCAAUGGUGGGAUGGUGAAUGAUGCAGUAGAAUCUUUGUUUGGGUUGUUAAAAAUGGGGUUCAGACCUGAGCCUGAGUCUUGGUUUAAUUUGGUGGAUUUGAUCUGCAGGGGGAGAAAACUUUUGCCUGCGUUUGAAUUGCUUGAUGAGUUGGUUACUGGGGAGCGUUUCAUUGUAACUUAAACAUUUAUUGUUCUUUACAAGAAGUGUAGAUAGCUCUUUAAUCUUAGCAUUGUGAAUUUUCUUUCACUAAUUUGUAUUAUUUGUAAGUUGAAACUUUGAAGUUAAAGAUUAUCGAUUAAUUUAAAGUU